AUGCGACGCGCCAGGACCGCUUCCGGCGGGAGCGAGGAGGCGGCGCGGGACACGUCGCGGCCGCGGACCGAUGACCUCGAGGACGGCGUGCCGCUGCCGCUCCUCAAGCACGGCAUCGAGGUGCUCCGCGCCCUCGCGACGGCGGCGGCGUCGACGGCUGAGCGGCGCGUCGCGCGAAAGGACAUCAACUCCAAGCCGCCGCACGGCUCGUGGCAGGCCCUCUUCGACGCGAGCAAGCCCAGCUCCCUCGUGGCUCGCGGCUACGCGGCCAAGGGCUACGGCGCGGGGCCGGACUACGGCCGCUACUGGAUCACGGCCGCGGGGCUCGACUCCCACGUGUGGAAGCUCGCGCGGCGCGAGGGCAUGCCCCCCUUCGACAGCGAGAACCCCUUCGACGACGGCGACGUCGACGACUGGUCGAGCGACUUCGACAGCGAGGGCUCCGACGACGACGACUCCGACGACGACGACUCCGGCGGCAACUCCAGGUCGACCCAGGCGCGCAACGUCGUCUGUCGGCUCGCGGUCUACACCGGCGGGUCGGGCCGAUCGAAGCUCGGAUGGACGGGCCUGUCGGCGGCCUUUGCCGCCGUCGACGGACGCCUCGUCGUGCUGUCCGAGGCCGAGAACGCCAAGACCGUCGCCGCGUGCGACGGGUGA